GUCAAAUCAAAAACAGUUUUUCGCCGAGUCGGACGUGCCGUGAGCGUGUUACUUGAAUAAAAAUAUAAUAUAAAGUAAAAAAUCAGAAAAGGAAGCAAUAACUACAAUAAAAUGGAUUGUGGAACGUCUAUGGUUAAAUAUAUACUCUUCGUAUUCAAUACCAUUGUGUCGAUUAUUGGCAUUUUGGGCAUUGUCUAUGGCGUGCUCAUACUGCAGAGCAUUGGCACCAUCGAGGUCAAUGGCCAGGUCGGCUUCCCGCCGCAGGCAGCACUGCCGAUCAUCAUGAUCACCCUCGGCUCGAUUGUGGUGUUCAUCUCGUUCCUGGGCUGUUGCGGCGCCAUACGCGAAUCUGUGUGCAUGACCAUGAGCUAUGCCGUUUGCCUGCUGGUUCUGCUCAUACUCCAGUUGACAGUCGUUGUGCUCCUGUUUACCAACAAGGAUAAGCUCGAUAAUGCCAUGGGUGAGGUGAUCGACAAGGUCUGGGAUAACCGCGAGACACGCGAAGGUGGUGUCUUCGAUGCCAUACAGAAAUCGCUGCACUGCUGCGGUCGCAUGGGCCCCCAGGACUAUGUAGGAAGCGUGCUAACCUCGGGCUUGCCGUCCAGCUGCUGUGACGGCAGCUGCGUUAACCCAUUGAACAUUUAUGGCGGUUGCCGCGAGAAGUUCGUUGAUUUGAUGUCUGGCAGCUCCGAGAAGGCCAAGUAUGUUGGCAUCGGUCUGAUUGUGGUCGAGCUGGUUGGCUUCAUCUUCGCCUGCUGCCUGGCCAAUAAUGUGCGCAACUACAAGCGCCGCAAUGGCUACUAAAUCGAACAGCAGCACACCACAUAAAUACACACACGCACACCAUACAUACCAACAACAACAACAACACACACACACACACACAUUCGCAUUAACUCUUUAAUAUGUAUUGUCGUAGAACGCACACGAACUAAAACAAAUUUGGAAAAUGUUCGGUAUAUAUUUGAAGUAAACCAUUUGGUUGCAAAAAUAUUUAAGUUAUUUGUUUAAAAUACGGAACAGAAGGAAAUACUUUUCAAAAACGAAGAAAGCGAAUAAAUAUGUAUACCUAGUGUAAGACGCUUAAAUGUUGUUUAAUCAUCGCUUUCGUAUUUAAUUGCUCUUUAAAAAAAAAAAAAAAAACAAGAAAAAACAAAAACAAACGAAUCCAAAGUCGUUGUACAAAUAAUAAACAAAACACUGCUAAACAGCAAAUUGACACAAAUACAACGAAGAGCAAAUCUCAAUGUUACAAUUACAAAUUAUUGUUUUCAUUUUUAUAAAUUUAUACGUACAUAUAUACUAUGUAGUGUUAAAGCCUUAUGCUAUACUUGUACCAGUUGGCUAAAACAAGUGUCCAAAUGAAUAUAUAUAUAUGUAUAUAUAUAUAUAAAUAUAAAUAUAUGUAUACAUUAAAAGCUGUUCAUCAUAUUACAUGUACAUUUGAAUCUCUUGAAGUUUUAAUAACAUUUGAAUUAAAUGCGCUAAACCACAAAAAAAAAA